CGACCAUCACCAAGCAACGGAAAAACCUUACAUCGCUCCUUUCUCCCCCUUCCCUCCCUUGCGUAUUCCACCGUCCACCCUCGCUAUAACCCAGGGAACCAGAAGUCAAAACCAGCCACCGAUAGGGAGUUCAUCAUGGCGGUGCGUGCACAGUUCGAGAACUCGAAUGAAGUCGGGGUCUUCUCCACGUUGACGAAUUCGUAUGCGCUUGUUGCUGUUGGAGCCAGUGAGAAUUUCUACAGUGUCUUCGAGGCCGAACUUCAAGAUGUUAUCCCUAUUUGCCAUGCGACGAUCGCGGGUACCAGAAUUAUUGGGCGGUUGACGGCGGGAAACCGAAAGGGUCUGUUAGUACCAACCAACACGACGGACCAGGAAUUACAGCAUCUGAGGAAUAGUUUACCGGACGAGGUCAAGAUACAGAGGAUAGAAGAGCGUCUCUCCGCUCUAGGCAACGUAAUCGUAUGUAACGACCACGUUGCCCUCGUACACCCCGAUUUAGAGCGCGAAACCGAAGAGAUCAUCGCCGACGUGCUAGGCGUCGAAGUCUUCCGGCAAACCAUCGCCGACAACGUCCUCGUCGGCUCUUACAUGGCACUAAGCAACCAAGGCGGCAUCGUGCACCCCAAAACCAACAUUCAAGACCAGGACGAGCUGUCCAGCUUACUCCAAGUGCCCCUCGUGGCCGGGAGUGUGAAUCGCGGCUCGAGCGUCGUCGGCGCCGGCAUGGUGGUUAACGAUUGGCUGGCGGUCACGGGCCUGGACACCACAGCGACGGAGCUGAGUGUUGUAGAGAGCGUGUUCAGGCUGGGCGAGGGCCAGGGACCGGGAGCGAUAAAUACGAGCUUGAAGGAUACGAUGGUGGAGAGUUUCUAUUGA